GUGUGGCCCAAAUUCUAACCAUGCCAUUCUCCAUGUUCGAGUCUUCGAGAUGCUUUAUUCCCCUCCACCUCUCUUUUUACCUCUUCUCCCUCCCUCUCCCCUUUCGCGUUCCCACACAAAUUCACAGAGAGAGAGAGACCAAACCCCAAGGACCGAUGGAGUCGCCGGAGCCGGCAAUCACCCGGAAGCGGAAGCCAACGACGAUCGGCGGCGCUCGGAGCUCUUCUCCGUCGAGAUCGGCGCCGGAGCCGGAGGAGGACGAGAAGGGCUCCGGCGACCUCCUUCUGCGGCGGCGGAGGCGGCGGAGGCUCCGUCUCGUGAGGUACGAGGAGCUCCCCGAUUACCUCCGCGACAACGAGUUCAUCCUCGAUCACUACCGAUCCGAGUGGCCCAUCCGCGACGCCCUCCUCAGCGCCUUCUCCUGGCACAACGAGACACUCAACGUGUGGACGCAUUUGGGAGGGUUUUUGGUGUUCCUGUGGCUCGCGGUGGCGGGGACGAGGGAGGCGAUCGAGGAUGUUCGGGGCGCGGCGGGGAUGGGGACGUCGAGCUUUGUCGUCAAAUCACUGGCCGCCACGUGGGGGAGUAAUUACACGGCUUCAGCAGCAGCAGAGUCGGGCGGCAGCGGCAGUGGGCGGGUGGCGCGGUGGCCGCGGCUGGUGUUCCUGGUGGGGUCGAUGAGCUGCCUGGCGAUCAGCGCGGGGUCGCACCUGCUGGCGUGCCACUCGCGGCGGGCGAACCUGCUGUGCUGGCGGCUGGACUACGCGGGGAUCGCGGUGAUGAUCGUGUCGUCCUUCGUGCCGCCGCUCUACUACGCGUUCCUCUGCCACCCGCUGGCCCGGCUCGCCUACCUGUCCGCCGUCUCCCUGCUGGGCCUGCUGCUCGCCGUCUUCCUCCUCUCCCCGGCGCUCUCCCUCCCGCGCUUCCGCCCCCUCCGCGCCGCCCUCUUCCUCGCCCUCGGCUUCUCCGGCGUCGUCCCCGCCGCCCACGCCCUCGCCCUCCACUGGCCCCACCGCGACUGCCACGUCGCCCUCGCCCUCGAGGCCGCCAUGGGCGCCGCCUACGCCGCCGGCGCCGCCCUCUACGUCGCCCGCGUCCCCGAGCGCUGGCGUCCCGGCCGCUUCGACCUGCUCGGCCACAGCCACCAGCUCUUCCACCUCCUCGUCCUCGCCGGCGCCCUCGCCCACUACGCCGCCACCGCCGUCCUCCUCCGCUGGCGCGACCGCUCCGCCGCCUCCUGCCCCCUCCCCCCGCCGCCGCUAUUAUGAUCGAUCGAUCGAUCGUUGCCCUAACAAUACUAUUAGGAUUCCAUCCAUCGAUCGCCAAUUGUUGUUAUUAUUAAUUAUUAAUUUAUUAUUAUUCCAAACUAA